UUGGAAAGAAAGCAGAUCUUUGAUAGCAGGACAUCUGACUCCCACUCCCACCCGGGCAAGUCCCCUCUGCCAUUCCCCUCUGCCAUUCGCAAGAGAGCUCGCUCGCGCGGGCAGCGGUCGGCACCACACUCACCCCCACAUCCACCAGAAGCGACAGCAGCAGCGAGAUGGCAGCCACGUCGGCCGCCUGCACCCGUUCCGUCGUCUCAUCUCCCCCGCAGAGCGACUCAGAUAUGUCGGCCAGCAGUCGGCGAAGGCAGCGAGGCCACGCGCAUCUGAGAGCCUUGGCGUGCUGCCUGGUGGCCCUCAUGUGUCCCGCGUCCGCCUUUCAUCCCCGGCCGUCACUGGCAUCUCGGGCACGGCGAGGUCAGGGCGGCAGGAGUGUCUCGUCGGGAGGAGAGGAGCUGAGCAUCAACAUACUCAGGCGGCAGCCGCCGACUUACGUCGAGGUGGGUGUGUGAGGUGGGGGGAGAGGGAGAGGGACACGCGCAUGCAGCUCUGCUUAUCUGGUGCUGUGCAGGGUGGGUGGACCACACUGGAUCUGAGCAUUUUUGGAGGCGCCAAGGAGGACACCGACACCGUCACGCCCGAGAGGCCCCUCAGGGUAGGCAUGCUCGCAUCGCAUCGCAUCGCAUCGCAUCGCAUCAGCGGAUGCUGCAGAGGCUCCCUCGUUCAUCUGCUGUGGAUGUGGGUGUGACGCCGUUGGUCAGGUUAUCGUGGCAGGAGGUGGCAUUGGCGGUCUGACGUUGGCCAACGCGCUCAAGAAGCACGGCAUCAACUACGAGGUGUUCGAGAAGACGCCCGAGUACCGAGAGUUCGGCGGGCCCAUCCAGCUGCAGAGCAACGCACUCGCCGCCCUAGAGGCCAUCAAUUACGUACGCGCAAACAGCACAGCACACAGGGCGAGACAUAGAUAGGGAGGCUGGCAUGGCAUGGAUCCCAUCUGUUGUCUUUCUGCGUCGUGUGUCUUCCAUGCCUGCCUGCACACGAUAGGUGAUGGCUGAGGAGAUCAUGGCAGCGGGCACCAAGACAGGCAACCGCAUCAACGGCCUCAAACACCCAUUCACCAACAAGUAAGUAACCACAUCACACCUAUACCUCCCUAUACCUCCCUCCCUCACCCAUCCCUCCCGUCCCUCCAUCUGUGUGUCUGCCCCGCACCCCCACCCUCACCAGAUGGAUCGCCAAGUUCGACACGGGCAGCCCCGCAAUCCGUUCCGGCCUUCCCCUCACUCGUGUGGUCGACCGACCCGCCCUGCAAGCCACUCUCAAGCAUCACCUCGGCCCGGACCACCUGCACUUCGGCCGGUCCGUCAUCGGCUACGAGAUCCUCAAGAACGGCACUGUGGCCAUCGAUGUGUCGGACGGCACGCGGACGUACGGCGACGUGCUGGUGGGUGCGGACGGCAUCUGGUCGGUGGUGCGGGCCAAGAUGAUGGGCGAAAAGUGGAGCGACGCCACCAAACCUGGAUAUGAGACAUCGACCUACUCGGGCUUCACUGUCUUCACAGGAGUGUGCAAACACAGGUAUGCUGUGCUGCAGUUGACAUGACAAGAGCACAGGUCGAUGGCAUGGCAGCCUUGACUGACGUGUGUGUGUGCAUGUUGUGUGUUGAUUGCAGGCCUCGUGACGUGAACGAGGUGGCGUACAAGGUGUACCUGAGUGUGGACCAGUACUUCGUGUGCAGCGAUGUGGGCCGGGGCCGCAUCCAGUGGUACGCCUUCAUCAACCAGCCGCCAGACACCGUCGAACACAUGCUGGGGCAGGCCGUCCCAUACCUGCUCGAGAGAUUCACCGGCUGGAGCCUCGAGGUGACGGACAUCCUGGAGGCGACGCUGGAGGAGAACAUUCAGCAGCGGGACCUCUACGACCGGCCCCCCGCCAUGCAGGGCUGGAACAAGGGGCCCAUCACCAUCCUCGGCGACGCCGCACAUCCCAUGAUGCCCAACCUCGGCCAGGGCGGAUGCCAGGCAAUCGAAGACUCUUACCAGCUCGCCAACGUGCUCAAGGUGAGACCACAGCACCACUGACAGACAACGUGGUCUCGGCCAUUCAUUGUCUGUGACUGGGCGUGCCUUGCAUCAGAAUGUGAAGAAGCGGUCUCGGCUGCCCUUUGCCCUCGGUGUGUACGGCACCCCCCGUCUGUGGCGGAGUGCUGUGGUGCAGGGUGUGUCCCGGCUGGCGAGUGACGCCCUGUCGGCGUCGGCGCCGCUCUUCAAGUUCCCGCCCGUCACCAUCGGAGUCGGCGCAUUCAUGUCGUUCGUCUACCUGCCUCUGCUGUUCACAUUCCUCUACAUGGUCAGUCAGUCAGCAGACAGAAAGGAGGGGGGGGGGGACCGGUGUGUGCAGCGAAUGUGUCAACUGUCCCUGUGUGUCGUGCGGCGUGGCGCGGUGUGUCAGAACCCUCUUUCCGAGGAGGACCGGAAGACGACCAUGCAGCGGAUGUCCAACCUUGCCGAAUAUGAGAAGGGCAAGGUAGGUGACUUACAUGAGAAAGCACACUCCAUGCAGACAACAGAAAUCAUGUCUGUCUGUGUGUCUGUGUGAUGUUCUCGUCAGUCACAGCACGAGUACAAGACGGUCAAGGAUGCCGAGAAAGAGCUCGACAGGAAGGACGCCGUGUGGUCGCGGCUCGACAAAGAGAAGGGACGGUUCGAGGAGAAGCCAUGCCCUUUCUAGACAGACAGGAUGGAUCGACCACACACCGGCCUUCCCCUAGUCGCCUGUAGCCCACCGCUGCCCAGCAGCCGGUGCACCG